AGAGCACUGACGGGACUCGGCGUCUGUAACUGCACAAACUCCGACUAGUGAAGUUAACGGACAGAAAAAUAGACUUUUAAUGACUCCGCAGAGUUUAACACGAAACACACAAACUUCCAGCGGGGGGGCCGGUGUGUGCGGGGGACGCAGGGGCUGACGGGAAAGAUCCACCUGGAUGUCCGGGGAGCAACGGUGAACCAGAGUAACAGUUCCAGGCCGAUUGUGGGUUAUUUAUGGUCGCGAGUUUGUCCUGUGGAGGAUUUCGAAGCGGCGGCUUAUUAACCAGAUGUUGAGGCCGUGAAGGCGAGACAUGCUGCUGUCAGAGAGACUGGGAGAAGACUCUCCGAUGGCCGCAGUGCCUGCCCCCCCGCCCACAGCGGCCCCGAUGGGCCCCAACAUCUCGUGGCUUCCCGAAGACCCGCUCCUGACCCCAGAGCAGCCCAUCUUCCUCAUGACUCCUGCAGCUCAGGCUGUGUCGGGCUUCUUCGUGUGGACGGCGCUCAUCCUCACCUGUCACCAGAUCUACAUGCAUCUACGUUUCUACAGCUCGCCCAAGGAGCAGCGCCACAUCGUGAGGAUCCUCUUCAUCGUCCCCAUCUACGCCUUUGACUCCUGGCUCAGCCUCCUCUUCUUCACCAACGACCAGUACUACGUGUACUUUGACACCGUCAGGGACUGCUACGAAGCCUUUGUGAUAUACAACUUCCUGAGUCUGUGCUACGAGUACCUCGGAGGAGAGAGCGCCAUCAUGGCUGAGAUCCGAGGGAAACCCAUCGAGUCCAGCUGUAUGUACGGCACCUGCUGCCUGAGGGGGAAGGCCUACUCCAUCGGCUUCCUGCGUUUCUGCAAGCAGGCCACUCUGCAGUUCUGCGUGGUCAAACCGCUCAUGGCCGCGGUCACCGUCGUCCUGCAGGCCUACGGCAAAUACAAGGACGGAGACUUCGACGUUGCCAGUGGUUACUUGUACGUCAGCAUCGUCUACAACAUCUCCGUCAGCCUGUCUCUGUACGCCCUGUUUCUCUUCUACUUCUCCACGAAGGAGCUGCUCAGCCCGUACAGCCCCAUGCUCAAGUUCCUCAUGGUCAAGUCGGUCAUCUUCCUCUCCUUCUGGCAGGGCAUGCUGCUGGCCAUCCUGGAGAAGUCCGGCGCCAUCCCUCAGUUCAACUCGCUGGAGCUGUCCCUCGGCGAGGGCACGGUCGCCGCCGGUUACCAGAACUUCAUCAUUUGCAUCGAGAUGUUCUUCGCGGCGCUGGCCCUGCGACACGCCUUCACCUACAAGGUCUACAUGGACAAAAGCCUGGAUUCACAAGGCCGCCGUGCCCCCAUGAAGAGCAUCUCCAGCAGCCUGAAGGAGACCAUGAACCCGGGCGACAUGGUCCAAGACGCCAUCCACAACUUCUCGCCGGCCUACCAGCAGUACACCCAGCAGUCGACGCUGGAGCAGGGGGCCCCCCCACCCGUCUCCCGCACGCAGAGCGCCGUCAGCGCCCGAGGCGACACGGAGAAGACGCUCCUGCUCAGCUCUGAUGACGAGUUUUAAACCUGCACAAACGGGCCGUGGUCAUUUCGAGCUGAAUCUCAUUCAGACUGAUGUUUUAAUGGCAGAUGGUACUGGGUCCUCCUGUGCAGCUGGUCCUCUGUAGUGUGUGAUCGAUGGAGUCAUGUGUUUUGUUUUUACUUGUUUUUUGGGACUGUUGAUGAACUUAAGGACAUUGUUGCGUACACAUUUCUGUAGCCACACCUCUCGAGCAAUUGAUUUUGAUGGAACUCUGAGCUGAUUUUGUGUUAAAGCCACCGGCCACAAAAUACACAGGGUUGAUUUUGAUUCACACUUAUAUAUUUGACUUCAAAACAGAAGCUUGGGGAAGUUUAACUGCACAUUUCAGCUCAGACUCGUUUUCCUUCUGUCAGAUGUGUUCAAAGAGGUUUUCUGGCUAAGUCACGUUUUACUCCAGUCAUGAAAAUACUUGAAUAGUUGAGGGUUUUUUUUAAAGGGAAAUGGAAAAUAUUAAAGUUUAAAACUUUUACUUUGAUAAACUCAAAGAAUAUUUAGAUAUUGAUUAACAUGAACUUGAUACAUAAGUUGCUUUGCAAAUAUAUAUUUAUGUGCUUCAAACAGAAGCUGUUGCCAUUGUUGUGGUAUUUACGUUACGUAUGAUAUACAAUUAAUGAAAUGUGAUUGUGUGUUUUUUUGGAUUUUAAGGGACGUCCUUCCCUGCAGUGAGGGAUUGGAUUUAGAGGGAAACUUGGUUGGAAACAUGGAUCAAUUUUGUUAUUGAUAUUGGAACAGAUAAGAGUGAGGCAGAGCAGAUUAUAGAUUAUACCGUGCAUCUGCUCCAGUGGGCAGCAAGAGUGAAGGGCAGCAGCAGAGGGGUAAUUGGGACGUUAUUUAAAACGGCUGGGAUUAAAGCUGGAGCUGGUUCCCUCAGACAGUCGACCUCUGCAGGCCUGAAUGUAGGUUAACAGAUCGAGGGGAAAACAGUAGAAAUGUAGGGUAACACUAACUUCAGCUGCUUGUUCUCCAUACAGGAACAAUAUUAUAGGAACUGAGCUGCAGUACCGAGGUCCCACAGUUAAACGUGCUCAACCAAUCAAGAUUUAGCCUCCACUGGCCAUUGUUGACAUCACCAAAAUCUUUAACACCCCCUGGAGAGCAUUAAGAUACACAAGAUAAAACUUCCUUGUUGAUACCUUCAAACUUACCAAAUAGCUUCACAAGUUAAAACAGACACUAAUUACGCACAUACACAGUCAUUGUUUUGCCCCAAAUGUCACCAGGGGCUUUUGUAUGUCUGAGUUAUUGAGUGGGAAGUUUUAAAAAAAUCCCCCAACAUCUCAACCUGAUACUUCUGACUGGAUAUGUAAGAAGUUAUUUAAUCUGUCCACAUGAAGUGAGUGUUCGGUGUUUGUCCUGACCCUCCCACUGUGGUGACCUCUUUGUUUGCCAGGAAAGUUUCAGUAUUUUAAGUUGUUUUUGCCCUUUAGCUUCACUACAUUUAUUUGCACAUUAUAUUGUUCUUAUUCAUGAGAGAUGAUAUAUUUAAAAGCUAAAAAGACACACAAAUGGGGUAUUCUGAUGUCAGGCAGUCAAUAUAACAGUUAAAAAUAUCAAGUGCAUGAACUUGUGUUUCUUUUUCCUGCUGCUUUUAUUCUCGUCCACUUUUCUUUUUUUUUCUUUUAAUUUCACCGCAGUCAGAGUGGGUUAUUUUUUAACUCAUAAUUUGAGGUCUUGACUCAUCUGAAUGAGUCAUAGCAAGUCUGCCGACGUGUUUACUGUAACUACUUUCACUUCUCGGUUGUAGCUCUGUAUGGACACCAGGGGGCUGUGUGGAGUAGACAGGAACACAGCCACUCUUAUCAAAACUCUAAGCUUAGUGCAUGUACAGCAGAAGAAAAAAAGCUUUGUCUGAUGGCCAGUCUUUUACUUUCAUCUCUGAUCAUUAUUGUGUGUUUGUGUGUGUGUGUUUUCAGCUGAGGCUCAGGUCUCAGACUCUGGGCAUUGGUCCUUUUUUAUUUCUACUUCUGUUCGACAUAACAUUAAUUUUAAAUCAGAAGGAUGCCACGUUUGUGUGAGUGAGCCAGAGCCCAAUGUUUUAAGCAUUGCUGAGUGCUUUCUUAUUAUCCCCUUUUGGGAGUUAAAACAUUUAACAUUAAAGAUAAAUUAAUUAUUUAUGUGCUUCUUCAUGUUUUGACACAGAUAUUUUCCUCUGCUCUCUCCUAUUAUGGUAGAAAUAAUGAUACAAACCAAUUAGAUGCAAGUUUGGUUUUGUUUGUUGCACUGCAGCUGCUAAAGGCAAGUUUCCCUUAAAAACAAAGCAAAGCAGAUAACAUGUCUCCCCCUCACUGCACUUUGAACGCCAUACUCGCUCUCACCGGACGAAUACAUGAGCAUCGCUGAGAAAACGCUGUCGACCUUUGUUGUAAAUACACUUGUUAGUGCAGCGUGUUGAAGACCGGGGGAGACACAAAGUCCUGGUUUUGUAUUUUUAUUUCACAACUGUGUUUUUAUUUGAGCAAUUUGUUGAAUUUUGGUUUCUAGUUCUUUGUAAAUAUAAAAGCUGCUCAUGAUGUUACUAUGUCAUGUCUAAUGGAUGAAUAUUGGAAGAAAUAAUAAAUGAUAUUUAGUCUGGUAUAUAAAGUAA